AUGUCUACCUUUACCAAUCCUGGGCAGCCUCCUGCUGGCGCCUAUCCUACCGCUACCACGGAUUCUCAUCUCUACUGUUGGGGCUGCACGCUACGUGAUGACGGGACUCACAGUCCCUACUGCCACCGGCAAGUUGUCCGUGCUGAGAAAGCCCGGCGGAAGGAAGAAGCUCAGAAGCGAAGGCUGGAUGUCUGCACGCAGAUAGGCAAAAUGCUUAAUGGGCUGAUCAUCUAUGCUAUCUAUGCCCCGGAUGUCGAUGACGAAAAUCGGGUGGAGACUUUAGAAUUUUGCAAGCAGAAAAAUGAUAUGCUCAUUGAGUGCCUUAUCAAAGCGGGUUUGGUCCCUAGUAUCAAUGUGGGUACUGUUAUACUCUAG